CUUCGGAACCGUCGCUGAGUGAACGCAUAACGAGACAUCCUUAUUCAAAUUUAAAUUAGGAAGUGCUAAACAACUGGAAAUCAGAUGGCACCUAAGAAAAGAAAAUCGGAUUCAUCCAGGAAUCAAUCAAAAAAUGUGAAAAGGACGAGAAAAUUCAAGGAAAAAUCUUCGGAAGUAAAAACUUCUGGAGGUCCGAAAUCAAGAAAAAUAAAGGAAGAAAACCUCGAUGAAGUACAGAAAGUAACUUCAAGUGAACGGAAUGUCACUUCACUUCCGGAAGGGAAUAAUCCAGGGCCUUCUCAACAAGGAAUUUCAAGUGAACGUGACGAUAUUCCGGGAAGCUCAAAAGAACCAAACUUAAAGAUACAAAAAACCACUGAGAAACCAAUAAGUAAGAGGAAAAGAUCGAAUCCAUCUACUCGAGGAGAUGAAUCUACUGAUGUACCAGCUUUAAGUGAAGGAAAUAUCACUUCACUUCCGGAAGGGAAUAAUCCAGGGCCUUCUCAACAAGGAAUUUCAAGUGAACAUGAUGAUAUUCCCGACGUAUCUGUUCCUGAAGAAGAGAAAGAAGAUGAUGAAUAA